CAGGCGGGUGUUUCUGUGCCGCGAUGUCGUUGUGAUUUGCUCUCAUUGAUUAGGAAGGAAACAAAAACACCUCCGAGUGUUGUGCGUGUGCACGAGCAACGGUUUAGGUUUUUUUUUUUUUUUUAGGGAAGGCUUCCUUCGCCUGUUCGUGUAGGGCAGCUGUCUGCUGGCGGCGAUUCCCUGUAAGUUGCCUGCCACGCAUCGGCAGAAAGGCGGCAUGGAGUGCAAGCUGGAAGCUCACCGUAUCGUCAGCAUCUCGCUAGGCAAGAUGUACAGUGCGCGGGGUCAACGUGGCGGGGUGAAAUUGCACAAAAAUCUUCUCGUGUCGCUUGUCCUGCGCAGCGCCCGGCAAGUCUACCUGAGUGAACUCGAUUGCUCCCCUGCGCCUCCUCUCGCCGCCGGCUGCUGCUGCUGCUGCUCCUCUUUCGUGAGCGAAGCUGGCAAACGGCCGGCGGAGGCUCCUCCUGCGCUCUACUGCUCCAGAAAGCGGAACGCUGCUGUGAAGCCCGACGGCGGGACCGAGGAACCGUCUCCGGGGAGCUCGCCGCUGAAGAAGGUCCGCAGGGAGGAAGAGGACGACAUGGAGACGGGCAAUGUGGCCAGUCUCAUCAGCAUCUUCGGCUCCAGUUUCUCUGGACUACUCAGCAAAAAGUCCUGCGGGGGCGAGAGGGAAGGCAGCAGCCAGCGGGGAAGGCGGCAAGAGGAGGAGGAAGAGGAGGAGGAGGCGGCAGGAGCGGCUGAGGCAGAGCCCGGGCAAAUCUGUUGCGAGGAGUCGGUGCUGCGGAACCUCAACCCCUGGAGCACGGCUAUCGUGGCCUUCUGAACUUCUUCAUCCUCCCCAGCUGAUCCCGGGGGCAGAAUUUGGGACCGCAUCGAUUCAGAAGCUGGAGGGAAUUGGUUUGCGGGCUCCGAGGGCUCCGGCUUGCGCGUCGCUCCAGGCGCUGCCCCUCCUUAAGGAGAGGCGGGGGCUGUGGUGGUGGGACUCCAUCAGAGCAGCCCCCUUCACGCUUCUCUCCUGAGUGCCCUUGGCGGCAGUGUCUCAUUCUGCAUGAAAGCAUUUCGGCUUGUUUCCACCUGCUCCGAAUUUCCCUUCCCCCUUUCUCUCUCCCCCCACCUUCAAGCUUUUGGGAAGGUUAGAACAGACCCCUUGUUAUCCUACCAUGCAGAGCGUGUUCCCUAAGCAACCACUGCAGUUUGCUAUAAGUCUCAGAUGACAUUUGGGACCAAAGGAAGGAGGGCUUUCUUACCCUGCUAGGGUGCAUUGAUGAUGGUGCUGCUGGGGUGUGUUAACAAAUCUAUGGUUUGGAGUUCCCUGGGGCUUUUAUUGCUCCUGGUCUUUGUUAUAUAAAGGCCCUUGAAGGAAGGUGGGUCUUAAUGGAUGUUUUGUACAGUAUGCUCUUUCUCUGGUUGUGUUUUGUAUGAAAUGUAACUGCGUGUGCAACACGUAUUAAAUAUUUUGACAUUGUUACAUUACACAUGUGUUUCUGCAAUCUCUGGGCUGGGGAUUUGGGCAAGGAUUGGGGAUGGAGUGUGCAGAUGCCAAGUACAGACCCCUCCAUGCUGGCUGGAGUGAUGGCAGACCCAUGUAUCAGGAGAGCAUCAGGCUAGGAAAGGGCAAUUUAGGAAUAAUCUCUUUUCUAAACAAUAGUUUAGCGUGGGAAUUGGCAAAUGGCAGUCCUUGAGUGA